AUGUGCCUUUUGUGCAACAAAGUUUUGGACAAUGACGCUAUGAAACAAUCUAAACUGCAAGAUCAUCUGAGAAGAUGCCACCCUGAUAAAACAGAGAAAGAUUUGAAAUACUUUCAAACACUCAAAGAUAAAUUUCAGAAGAGACCUACACUGGACAGAAUGUUCGCUUCGACGUCACAAAGAAAUGAUGAUGGCUUGCGGGCGUCUUACAAUAUCUCGUUAUUUAUAGCAAAAUCCGGAAAACCGCAUACUAUCGGAGAGAAGUUAAUUUUGCCAGCCGUUGAAGAGGUUUUAAAAACUGUUUUACACAAACCUGCAUCUGAUAUCAUUAAAAGAUUUCCCUUAAGCAACAAUACUGUUGAAAGACGUAUUGAUGAAAUGAGUUCUGAUAUUGAAAGCUUCUUAUGUAAUUAUUUGCAAACGACCCAUUUCUCUAUACAACUGGACGAGUCAACCUUACCUGAUAAUGCAGCAUUAUUAUUGGCAUAUGUUCGUUUUAUCAUGAAUCAAGAAAUCUACGACGAACUGCUCUUCGCAAGAACUUUGAUAACCGACACUAAAGGUGAAUCAAUAUUUCAUGUUUUGAGAGGAUUACUUCAUUGA